UCUUUCUCUUUCUCAAAUUUCUCUAAUAAAUCUGUCUCUCUCUAUCUCUCUCUCUCAGGUUUUCUCUCUCCUCUCUCUUCUUUCUCUUUCUCUCUCCAGAAAGGGCAAAACCCUAAAGAGCCGUUUACACCCCCCAAAACCCAGGACUAAUUUCCUCCCCUGUUGUGUUGUUCGCAAUGUGUGUAGUUUUAAUGGAUGAUCCUGAGGAUACAUUGAAUAUGAAUAUUCGCAAUUGGGGCUAUUAUGAACCGAACUUUAAAGGGCAUCUCGGUCUGCAGCUCAUGUCAAGCAUGGCAGAUCGAGAUACAAAGCAUUUUCUACCUGGGCGUGAUCCUAAUGGCAUUAUGGUUGGUGCAAAUGGAGCAUUUCACCCCCGCGAUUGUGUGGUUUCCGAUGCCCCUGGCCCCAUGAACUAUAUGAGAGACAGUUGGAUAAGCCAGAGGGAGAAGCUUUUCAACAUGUUACCGCCAAAUCCUAAUUAUGCUGUUCUGCCAGAAACUUCUGGAGCUCACUCCUUGCAAGUUCUACAGCCGCCUAAUCCCUCAAGGGAUGAGAGGGCUGGCAGGAUUGAAGAGCCAAGCGUACACAAGGAAAGUAGCCAAUUGAAAAAAAGACAAAGUGGGGGUGCACCAAAAACCCCAAAAGCAAAGAAACCUAGGAAACCAAAAGAUAAUAGUAACAAUGCUGUUCAGCGCGUGAAGCCAGCUAAGAAAAGUAUGGAUGUUGUCAUAAAUGGAAUUGAUAUGGAUAUUUCUGGUAUUCCUAUUCCAGUCUGCUCAUGUACUGGAAGUCCUCAGCAGUGUUAUCGUUGGGGUUGUGGUGGAUGGCAGUCUGCUUGUUGCACCACCAAUGUAUCAGUGUAUCCCUUGCCAAUGAGUACUAAAAGGCGUGGUGCGAGGAUUGCUGGAAGGAAAAUGAGUCAGGGCGCAUUUAAGAAGGUAUUGGAGAAACUGGCUGCUGAAGGUUACAACUUUGCUAACCCAAUUGAUCUGAGGACUCACUGGGCGAAACAUGGUACCAAUAAGUUUGUCACUAUCAGGUAGGUAUACAUUGUUGGUACCGAUGGUGGGACUCCCAUUGAUUUGGUCUGCUUCAUUUGUAUAUAUCUGUGGCCUUUUGCAGAGAUCUAUCCAGUUCGUUGUAGUUCAUGAAUCUUCACAGAUAUGAUACAUGUUUUUGAUAUUUGGACAUCUACUCUCGGAAUCAUGGUUAAUUUUUUCAGUUCUGUUUGUGUUAUAAAGGGAACUAGCAACUUCUUUCCACCAGGAUGUAGGAUGUGGAUGAAAUUAAUUUUGUUUUGAUUUUUUUAUAACAUCUUGUUCUACCUUUCAAUGAAUCUUGUCAAUGAUUGACAAAAUGCUCCCUCAAUGAAAUAGCAUUUUUAUUGAA